AUGAGCCCAAAUAGGCUCGAGGGCAGCCCUAGGCGUGAGCGGCGCAGUGGAACCUUCUCCUUAUCUGCAGCCUUCCGCUCGUCCCCGAAACGGGCUAGUGUGCUCGAGCCCAUUUCACCAAUACAUCCAGACUUGCAGCCAACUUGUCUGGAGAGAGUCCAUUACCCGGUCUUCGACCCUCAGAACCCAAAUCACAAUCCGGCUGCAGCUAUCGCACUACCACGAUCACCACCGCCACGCCGACAUGACCUUCAAGCAUCGUCUUCCGAAUCGCAGAGACACGGGUCUUGGCUUGAAGAGUUCCCGCGACGAUCGAUCCACAAAGCACGCUCAGGACUGCUGGCAAUUCGAGCAAGCUUACUCCGACUUUCUUCACGUGAAAACACCGACUUUAGUGAAGCUAUUAUCGAAGAUAUGUCUCGCGAAACCUCCAGGCAUAUCGAGGAUGUUUCUCGCGAGGUCUCCGGGCCUGAAGAAGAUCAUGUCCGCCGACAUGACCAUUCGAAUUCAACACAAGAGGACUUGAGCUUUGGCGUCUGUUUGUUCCGAGCAUCAACAUCUCCUUGGGCCAUAUCUUUGGAUGGAGCAGAUGCAAAUUCGGUACCCCGGAUUGAGUCUCCUUUGCCUCUACCUCUGGUGAAUUCCAUCUCAGCACCUGCCGAGCUAGAAAGCUACUACUACAACAAUACCGAUGACGACCCAGAGCCGAUGAAUGAUCGACCGGUGAGUAUGCUAUCCGAGGAACCGCCGUCGUAUCGCUCGAUCGCAGAAAACGCUCGAUAUCACCGGCGUUCGAAUGAUCCACGUGUGAGAGAUAAUACCAAUCAAGAAUUAACUGCGGAUACAGCCAAUGAAACGCCCAGCUAUUUAACACAAUUAUCACCGUCGGUAGACUGGGAUGGCCUCGGAUCCUCAGCAUCGAGUUUCAGGUAUGAGGACAUGUAUUCAUCUCAGAGAAAGAAGAUCUCUAGAUUCUCGGGUGUCAGUCCUGUCGGGUCAAGCUUGUCCUCCUCGCCUAUCUCAGAGGUCACGCAAUCUGAAACCCUAGUUUCUCAGGAGCACCUCCCGCCAAGUCGCGAUCAACCGAAAAACGAAAACGUUGAUCGUGAAGAGUUGAUUCAGGCACCAAGCCCGCCUUCAGAGAUAGUUACAAUUGCAUUUCCUGGGGUAUACCAAGCUUUAUUAGAUCAGUGGGCGGGUGAAAGGCAGUAUAAGUCGAAGAAUGCCUCAUGUGCUCCAUUGGAAGUACCAGAGUGCAACCCUGUUGCGAUUGCUCAAGCUAGGCAAACUGAUGAAGGCGAGGCCGAAUUUUCUGGGAACCGCCAUUCAUUCGGCCUCCAUAUGUCUCUGAGAACAGACCAGGGGCUCUCUGAAAAGUCUAGUGCAGCCUGUCGACAGAAUCAAAUGAUCUUUUCGGCCCAUUCACAUGCGACACCGAUUUCCCCUGAUAGUCACAACUCGUCUACUCCCUAUGGCCGAACGAUUGAGUCCUUGUACGAUGGGUCAGAAUACUCCCACUACGCCCUCCCAGGCUCUUCGCCGACAAAUAUUACCUCCCCAUCAUAUUAUUCCAACGACAUCUGGACUCCACUGGACUCUCCCAUUGAUGAAGAACUUAUAUUUUCACCCUUCCCCCGAAACGAGUACUGGACGGCCGAUGGAAAGACAAGCGGCUUCUACCCCGAUCAAGACGACCAGCCCCCCCGUAAAAGCAGAAAGCCGGUUCUAUGGUGA